AUGCUCUUCAUGUCUGAGAGAGGGUCCCAGGUCCCUGGGGAUUCCUGUGCACCAGAGGAAGAACCAUGUGGUCGGCUUAGCAACACACAGGCUCCUUCUGUCUUUGGUGGCACGCAAAGCAGCCUAGAGGGCGAGUCAAAUCCUAUUGACGAGUCAACAGUGUGUGUUAAUACUCUCUGGGAAGCCAAAGACAUCUGUCCUAUCCCUACAAUUUGCUUGCGUGGGGUGAGACCGCUAGGGAAAGAAAUAGCUAUAAUAACAAAUCUAUUAUAUAUUGCUAAGGUAAAUGAUAAAGAGAUGGUCAUUAGAAAUCUAACCAAAGAGAACUUCAAACAAUGGACAAAGCCAAUUCUGAAAAAAGGUUACAGACAACGACUGGAACUGUCAGAUAUUUAUCAAAUUCCUUCUGCGGACUCUGCUGAUAAUCUUUCUGAAAAAUUAGAAAGAGAGUGGGACAGAGAGCUGGCAACUUCAAAGAAAAAGCCCAAGCUUAUUAAUGCUCUUCGACGAUGCUUUUUCUGGAAAUUUAUGUUCUAUGGAAUAUUAUUAUAUUUAGGGGAAGUCACCAAAUCUGUGCAGCCCCUUCUGCUGGGAAGAAUAAUAGCUUCCUAUGAUCCGGACAACUCCUCUGAAAGAUCCAUAGCCUACUACCUGGGCAUUGGCUUGUGCCUUCUCUUCCUUGUGAGAACACUGCUCAUACACCCUUCUAUAUUUGGUCUUCAUCAUAUAGGGAUGCAAAUAAGAAUAGCAUUGUUUAGCUUGAUUUAUAAGAAGACCUUAAAACUGUCAAGCAAAGUCCUAGAUAAAAUAAGCACUGGACAACUGGUCAGUCUUCUUUCCAACAAUCUGAACAAAUUUGACGAGGGUCUUGCUCUGGCUCAUUUUGUAUGGAUUGCACCUUUACAAGUGGCACUGCAUGGACUGCUCUGGGAUAUGUUACAAGCUUCUGCAUUUUCUGGACUUGCUUUUCUAAUAGUCAUGGUCUUUUUCCAAGCCUGGCUGGGACAAAGGAUGAUGAAAUACAGAGAUAAGAGAGCAGGAAAGAUCAACGAGAGACUUGUCAUCACCUCAGAAAUAAUUGAAAAUAUACAGUCAGUUAAAGCCUAUUGUUGGGAAGAUGCAAUGGAAAAAAUGAUUGAAAGCCUCCGUGAAACUGAACUGAAGCUAACCCGAAAAGCUGCUUAUGUGAGAUAUUUCAACAGCUCAGCCUUCUUCUUUUCAGGCUUUUUUGUGGUGUUUUUAGCUGUGGUUCCAUAUGCUGUGACUAAAGGAAUUAUUCUCCGAAAAAUAUUUACCACCAUUUCAUUUUGCAUUGUUCUUCGAAUGACAGUGACCAGGCAGUUUCCUGGGUCUGUACAGACCUGGUACGAUUCUAUUGGAGCAAUAAACAAAAUACAGGAUUUCUUGCUAAAAGAAGAAUAUAAAGCCCUGGAGUAUAAUCUAACAACAACUGGGGUUGAAGUGGACAAAGUAACAGCUUUUUGGGAUGAGGGAAUUGGAGAGCUCUUUGUAAAAGCAAAACAGGAAAACAACAACAGCAAAGGUCCUGGCAAUGACAACAAUCUCUUCUUCAGCAAUUUUCCCCUUCAUGCAUCUCCUGUUCUUCACGAUAUAAAUUUCAAGAUUGAGAAGGGAGAACUAUUAGCUGUUUCUGGAUCUACUGGAGCAGGCAAGACUUCUCUUCUGAUGUUGAUAAUGGGAGAAUUGGAGCCUUCUCAGGGUAAAAUUAAACACAGUGGAAGGAUAUCCUUUUCACCUCAAGUCUCCUGGAUCAUGCCUGGAACAAUAAAAGAAAACAUAAUUUUUGGUGUAUCCUAUGAUGAAUACCGAUACAAGAGUGUCAUCAAAGCCUGCCAACUGGAAGAGGAUAUUUCGAAGUUCCCAGAUAAAGAUUAUACAGUGCUGGGGGAAGGUGGAAUCACUCUGAGUGGAGGCCAGCGAGCACGAAUCUCACUAGCAAGAGCAGUGUACAAAGAUGCUGAUUUGUAUCUCAUGGAUUCUCCUUUUGGAUAUUUAGACAUUUUUACAGAAAAAGAAAUAUUUGAAAGCUGUGUGUGCAAAUUGAUGGCAAAUAAAACUAGGAUCUUGGUUACUUCAAAACUGGAACAUUUGAAGACUGCUGACAAAAUAUUGAUCUUACAUGAGGGAAGCUGCUAUUUCUAUGGAACGUUUUCUGAACUUCAGGGUCAACGGCCAGACUUCAGCUCAGAGCUGAUGGGAUUUGAUUCUUUUGAUCAAUUCAGUGCAGAGAGAAGAAAUUCAAUUAUAACUGAGACUCUCCGACGAUUUUCCAUUGAAGGAGAAGGCAUGGGACCACGAAAUGAAGUAAAAAAGCAAUCUUUUAAACAAACAUCAGAUUUUAAUGACAAAAGGAAGAGCUCCAUAAUUAUUAACCCACUUAAUGCAGGCAGGAAGUUCUCGAUAAUGCAGAAGAAUGGGACACAGGUCAACGGGAUGGAAGAUGGCCACAAUGACCCACUAGAAAGGAGGAUCUCACUGGUACCUGACUUGGAACAGGGAGACCUGGGUCUGCCUCGGACUAACAUGUUAAACACUGACCAUAUGCUGCCAGCUCGGAGGAGGCAAUCUGUGUUAAACCUGAUGACAGGAACCUCUGUGAACCAGGGGCCACACUUUUCCAAAAAGGGGAGUACAUCAUUUCGGAAAAUGUCCAUGGUGCCUCAGACAAACCUGUCUUCUGAGAUAGACAUGUACACCAGGCGCUUGUCUCGAGACAGCAUCUUGGACAUAACUGAUGAAAUUAAUGAAGAGGAUUUGAAGGAAUGCUUUAGUGAUGAUGCUGAAGGUAUGGGUACUGUUACCACAUGGAAUACUUAUUUCAGAUACAUUACCACCCACAAAAGCUUGAUUUUUGUACUAAUUUUGUGUGUGGCUAUCUUCUUACUUGAGGUGGUUGCUUCUCUUGUUAUGUUAUUGUAUUUUCGAACCACAGCUGAAAAAGUAAAUACAACACAACCAGAAAACACUACCAGUGACAAUCCCCCUGUGAUCAUCACCAACACUAGCACCUACUACAUGAUUUACAUUUAUGCGGGAGUUGCAGACAGCUUUCUGGCCAUGGGAGUCAUCAGAGGCUUGCCUCUUGUGCAUACACUUAUAACAGUGUCUAAAACUCUUCAUCAGAAGAUGGUGCAUGCAGUUCUCCAUGCACCUAUGUCAGCAUUCAACUCUUUGAAAGCAGGUGGUAUACUUAACAGAUUCUCAAAAGAUACGGCGAUACUGGAUGAUUUACUUCCACUUACAGUAUUUGACCUCGUUCAGUUAAUACUGAUUGUGAUUGGCGCUAUAACAGUAGUCUCAAUAUUACAACCCUACAUCUUCCUGGCAUCAGUGCCUGUGAUAGCAACCUUUAUUGUGUUAAGGGCAUACUUCAUCCACACUUCUCAGCAGCUGAAACAACUGGAAUCUGAAGCUCGGAGUCCAAUAUUCACACAUCUUGUUACAAGCUUAAAAGGACUAUGGACGCUGAGAGCCUUUGGGCGGCAGCCGUAUUUUGAAACCUUAUUUCACAAAGCUCUGAACCUACACACAGCAAACUGGUUCCUCUACCUGUCAACGCUGCGUUGGUUCCAGAUGAGGAUAGAAAUGAUUUUUGUUGUCUUUUUCAGUGCUGUGGCAUUCAUCUCUAUCAUAACUACAGGUGAUGGACCAGGCAAAGUUGGCAUUAUUCUUACUUUAGCCAUGAACAUCAUGGGAACCUUGCAGUGGGCAGUAAACUCAAGCAUAGAUGUAGAUAGCUUGAUGCGGUCUGUCAGCCGAAUAUUUAAAUUUAUUGACAUGCCAACAGAAGAGAUGAAAAACAUUAAGCCACAGAAGAAUAAUCAGUUUUCAGAUGCCCUUAUAAUUGAAAACAGGCAUGCAAAGGAUGAGAAGAACUGGCCAUCCGGGGGCCAAAUGACAGUGAUGGACCUGACGGCCAGAUACAUUGAAGGAGGAGCUGCUGUCUUGGAAAACAUUUCCUUUUCAAUAAGUUCAGGGCAGACGGUGGGCCUUUUAGGAAGAACUGGUUCAGGAAAAAGCACUUUACUUUUUGCAUUUUUAAGACUGCUGAAUACAGAAGGGGAUAUCCAGAUUGAUGGCAUCUCCUGGAACACAGUCAGCUUGCAGCAAUGGAGAAAGGCCUUUGGAGUGAUUCCUCAGAAAGUGUUUAUAUUUUCCGGAACUUUUCGGAAGAAUUUGGAUCCUUAUGGGCAAUGGAAUGAUGAAGAAAUAUGGAAAGUUGCAGAGGAGGUUGGGCUGAAGUCUGUAAUUGAGCAAUUUCCAGGCCAGUUGGAUUUCGUUCUUGUGGAUGGUGGCUGUGUCCUCAGCCAUGGGCACAAACAGUUAAUGUGCCUUGCCCGGUCAGUCCUCAGUAAAGCUAAAAUCUUGCUGCUUGACGAACCGAGUGCUCACCUAGAUCCUGUAACUUCCCAAGUGAUUAGAAAAACUCUGAAGCACGCAUUCGCAGACUGCACUGUGAUACUCUCUGAGCACAGGCUGGAAGCGAUACUGGAGUGCCAGCGGUUUCUGGUAAUCGAGGACAACAAGAUGAAGCAAUAUGAAUCGAUUCAGAAGCUGCUGAAUGAAAAGAGCUCCUUCAGGCAAGCCAUCAGCCAUGCUGAUCGCCUUAAGCUGCUCCCGAUACAUCGCAGGAACUCCAGCAAGCACAAGCCUAGACCCAAAAUCACUGCCUUGCAGGAGGAGACAGAGGAAGAAGUGCAGGAGACGAGGCUGUGA